ACAGUUGGUAAGCGCGCCUUCGUUCGUUCAGGCCGAAUGAGAAGGAAAUUUGACUGCAUGGAUCGGCGAAAGUCGAAAUUAGCCGAUCCGGACCGCUUGUGGAAGUUGGAAAAUGCAGAAAUUGAGGAGAAUGCCCUUUACAAAUAUCUCAAUAAUCAAAAUGGUGGUAAAUUAAUUGAUUGUUAUUCCGAAGGCGGAGAGGAAGCCAUAGAAAAAAUGAUCUCUUCCGAAAUUGAACCUUUCCUCUACAAUGGAGGAAAAGGUAAAAUUUUAACGAAAUUGGAAUUUGUCCAGUGGAGGAAUAGGUGUUCCGCAAAGAGACAAGGGCAAACUCUCAUAGAUACACGAUCUGAGGAGGAAGUUUUGAACGAAUUUCAAGAUUCUUUUGAAACACAUCUGGCCUGUUGGGAUAUAAACAAAAGAGGUGUUCUCGGAGAGACAGCCCUACAUAUAUGCUGUCUUCACGACACGCCAAUUCACUUUGAACUAGCUAAAAUAUUGGUUAGACUUUAUCCAAAAAUGGUUCUAGAUGUAUACGAAGGCAAGGAAUACUAUGGACAAAGCGCUCUACACUUGGCUGUCGUAUCUGGGAAUCUUGAUAUGGUAAAGUUAUUGGUUGAAAAUGGUGCUAUGAUAAACCAACGCGCUUCCGGUCCGUUCUUCCUUCCGGAGGACGUUAAGCGUCAAAAGAAGACGAUCUCCACUUCGAAUUACGCAGGAUACGCUUAUUUCGGGGAAUACGCUCUAGCGUUUGCAGCCUGCUUCGGCAGGGAAGAUAUCUACGAUUAUCUUGCAGAAAAGGGGGCCGAUCCAAAUUUGAAGGAUACUCUUGGCAAUUGCGUUCUUCAUAUGCUUGUCAUCAGUAAUCAACUUGGUAUGUAUAGUUAUGCUGUAAGACAUCCGAAAAAGAAGGCGCGCGUCGAAAUAUCGAAUGAAGCAAAUUUGACGCCGUUAACACUUGCAUCGAAGUUGGGUCGAAAUGAAAUUUUUAAGGAGAUUAUCGAAUUGCAGAGCGUCGAAAUUUGGAGAUAUAGUAAUAUCACCUGCUCCACUUAUCCGUUAGCUACUUUAGAUACUAUAGGGCAGGAAGGGAAGACGAACUGGAGUUCGGCCCUAAUGUACAUAACUGAUGGUGAGACUGAAGAACAUUUAGAAAUGCUAGAGGGAGGCGUUAUUAAGCAGCUUCUAGAUGAAAAGUGGAAGACGUAUGCAAGGCGGAGAUUUUUCGAGCGUCUGGUGCUAGCUGUCCUACAUCUGAUCUGCCUAAGCGUCGCCAUUUAUACUCGUCCUGGUACCGAUCUACUAGGUCCAAUCGAUAAGAUAAACAUUGUUCGUUAUAUAGCUGAGAUUAUAUCUACUCUAAACUGUUUCAUUAACCUGGCCAUGUACUACGAUGAAGUGAAAUCGCAAGGGAUUGUUGAGUUCUUUAAAAAUCAAACGUCGGCCCCAGCCAAAAUGAUAUUUAAUAUAUCAUGUGCUCUAAUCCUCUCUUGUGUACCCAUGAGAUUCCUAAGGCUGGAAGGAGUAGAAGUGGUUUUGUUGGCCAUAGCGGCACCGUGUGCCUGGGUCCAUCUACUCUUUUUUGCUAGGGGAGUGUCCCUACUUGGUCCAUUCGUCAUUAUGAUUUAUAAAAUGUGCGCGUCUGAUAUGGUGCGAUUUAUAUUCAUCUUCGGUGUCUUCCUCAUCCAAUUCUCCCAAGGUUUCUUCUUCCUUUUUAAGGAUAUUGAAGAUCCAAAUAUUACAACCUUUAAAACGAUUUUUGGUACAUUAAUGCAGUUGUUCCAAAUGACUUUGGGUGAAUUCAAGUAUGAAGAUUUUGAUGCGACCCGAAUGCCAAUUCUAACAAAGAUUGUGUUUGCUGUGUUCGCCAUCUUGGUUCCAAUUCUUCUACUUAACAUGCUUAUUGCUAUGAUGGGUAAUACGUAUCAGAUGAUCAUUAGUAGAUCUGAGAAGGAAUGGACAAGGCAAUGGGCAAAGAUAAUGAUUGUUAUUGAGAGAACAUUUGAUGCAAAAAGACUAAUGAAAUACCAAGAAGAGUACUCAGUUGCUUUUCAGGCUGGAGGAGAGAAUGCCAGAGGUUUGAUGGUAAUAAAAGCAUCAAAUAAAACUAAGGCUAGGCAACGGAAAGGAGCAAUAGCGAACUGGAAGAAAAUGGUCUAUAUGGUCAAAAAACUGCUGAAGGAGGCUAAGCAAACGGGCAAUCCCCCUGCUUUCGCUCUGUCAAGGAAAAAGUCCACAUUGAACAAGAUUAUGUUAGAAGAACCACCUGCAUUGGAUAUGGAUAACUCUGGUUUAUUGGGAGCUAUGGCCCAGCUGGCGUGGGAAAAAGACAUAGAUCUAGCUCCAAUAUCAGGAGGUGAAAGUGAUUCCAAAAAAAGAAAACAAUCGACAUCGGGUUCCGACUGUCCAACAUCAAUUGCCCAACAACUCUUGAAUGAUGAGGAAUUGAAAAAUCCUCACCCUCGACCACCAUCUGGUAAGUCGUUGGCCAAGAGGUCUUCCAAAGUGACGCCCGAAAACUCGGUUAGCCCGUCACCUGAUUCCGGCGUCUCUAAGUCAUCAAAACGUAGUGCAAGGACGUUUUGAUCAGUGAGCACCAGACUAAUAGUUUACUUGAACUUUUAUUUAUAUUAAGAAAGAAUAUACAGUAUAUAAAUAUAUAUAUAUAUAUAUUGUCGAUGUAACGCUAUCUGCAGGCACUUCAUUAAAUUUUCAAGCUUUAAUCGCAUGCAAAAAAAAUAAAUCUUCGUCUCUUCUAAAGAAAAAAAAACUAAGGAAACAGAAUACACACCUCAUUCUAAUUGCUUUUCUAUUCUUAAUCCUAUUCCAUUCUAUUCUCAUCAUUGUUACGGAAACGAACGGUGAACAUUUUUCUUUAUAAUUAAAAUUUUCUUUUACCAUUAUCAUCAUUAAUGUCAGGUCACUGCCACAAGCUUUUCAUCAUUAUCUUCAUACCAAUAUUGUCUAUGAUUUUGUCAUCCUAUCCAUUCUUUUUUUAAUUGAGAAUUAAAAUAAAACCAAAACGAAAACAAUAUUGG